CGUGACCCCAAGAUGGCGACCGAUCGCAUGUGAGAACACGCUGUCUGAAGUUUGAUGCAGAUUUUUCACGACAAUAAGGGUUCCCGACACAUUUUGUGAUCUUCAACACUUUUAACUUACCGCAAGACGAGCAGCGCCUCCAAGAUGAAGCACAAGUACUCGUCUAAAGCAGACUUUGUGCGGAAGAAUAAGAAGAAAGCACAGACCGAUGUGAAGUCCAACCCCUUUGAAGUGCGGAUUAACAGACAGAAGCACAACGUCCUGGGGAAGAAGCUACGCAAAUUUGACAAGGGCAUGCCGGGCGUGUCCAGGUCAAAGGCCAUCAAAAAGAGGAAAGCCACCCUCCUGCAGGAGUACCAGCAGCGAGACAAGCGGAACCAGUUUGUGGACCGGCGUCUGGGGGAGAACGACCCUGAGAUGACCUUGGAAGACAAGAUGCUGCAGAGAUUUGCCAUGGAGAGGAAGACUCACCAUGAGAAGGCCAGUGCCUUCAGCCUGAAUGAAGAAGAGGAGUUGACUCACUUCGGACAGUCCCUGUCUCAGAUUGAGAAGUUUGAGGAACCAGACAGUGACUCUGAUGAUGAUGCCACUGGCAAGCUCUCAGGUGAAUAUGUGAAGGAGGCUCACUUUGGAGGCUUUCUGACCAAGAAGACGGCCAAGGACAAUGAGGAGAAGUCAGACAAGCCAAAGUCACGGCAGGAGAUGAUAGAAGAAAUCAUCGCUCAGUCCAAGCAGAGGAAGCAUGAGCGUCAGCACCAGAAGGAGCAGACUGACGACCUGAGGGAAAAACUGGACCAGCAGUGGACAGAACUUCAGAAUCACAUGCUGGUCCAGAAAAAGUCCAAGUCCCAACCCAAGGAGGAAAGAGAAAAACCCAAACCCGACGACUAUGACAUCAUGGUGCGAGAACUCGGCUUUGAGAUCAAGGCCAAGGCUUCUGACAGACUGAAAACAGAAGAGGAGCUGGCCAGAGAAGAACAGGAGAGGUUACAGAAACUAGAGGCUGACAGACAACUGCGAAUGAAAGGACUAACCCAGGAGGACAUCAGACAACAGCAGCAGAACAGACACGUGUCUGCAGAUGAUCUGGAUGAUGGAUUUGACUUCAUCAGACCAGAGAGACUUCAGCUGGCCUACAAAGAUGGGAAACUGUUACUCCCAGAAGGAAAAGAGUUGAUGCCAUCAACCUCUGAUACAGAAGAUAAACCAAUCAGAAGGAAGCCUCACAGUGAGGCUGCAGCUGACCAAUCAGAAGAUGAAGACAAAGAGGACCAAUCAGAAGAAGAGAAUUCUGACCAAUCAGAAGGUGAGGACAGUGACCAAUCAGAAGAGGAAGAUGAUGGCUCUGACUUAGAAUCAGAGAAGUCUGAAGAAGAGGGCUCUGAGGAGGAGGAAGGAGACAAAGAUGGAAGUGAAGAGGAGGAAGAAGGGGAGGGAGACAAGAAUGACAAAAGUGAACAGGAAACUGAAGUAACAGAGAAGACAAGAAUAUCUGAAAAGGAAAGGAAGGCUAUAGCUGAAGCAGCCAAAACAGAACUUCCUUACACUUUCAAAGCACCGGAGUCACUGAAAGACCUUAUGGAACUGAUGGAAGGCCAGUCCUAUGACAGGCAGCUGAUUAUCAUCCACAGGAUCAGGAAAUGUCAUCAUCCUAGCCUGGCUGAGGGCAACAAGAAGAAACUUCAGGAUUUGUUCUCCAUCCUACUGGAGUACUUUGGAAAGCUGGCCAAUCAGAGCCCAGUUGCCAUGGAGAUGAUUGAUGGAUUAACCAUCCACCUGUAUGAGCUGGCCCAGCAGUCUCCAGGCCCUGCAGCUGAGUCAGUACAGACUGUACUGAAGAACAAGUAUCACAAGUUUGACUCUGUCUGUCAGAGGAAAGGGAGGGCCGUCUAUCCUGCUGUGGACACGCUGCUGCUGUUAAAGCUGGUGUCAGUGAUCUUCCCCACCUCAGACUUCAGACACAGUGUGGUCACCCCGGCCAUGCUGUUCAUGGCACAGAUUCUCACUAAGUGCCCGGUGACUUCUGGGAGAGACGUGGCCUGUGGUCUGUUUGUUUGUACACUCUUUCUUCAGUAUGUGUCCCUGUCCAAAAGAUUUGUGCCUGAGGUUAUAAACUACCUACACGGACUUCUCUACCUUGCUGUAAAGAAAGAAUCUGGAAAAGCAUCAGUUGCUGAAGUUGUCCCACCUUUCAAACACGCUGGUGCAGAAGGCAGUCUGCUUGUCUUACAAGACUCAGACUCAAGGUCUAUUGAUAUUAAGCCCUUGGCUUUGGACUAUCUUUCCAAGAACCCCACACAAGACACAGACACUGAUGACUUCAGAAUGUGUGCCACCCAUGCUACUCUUCAACUCACCAACAAGUUUGCCAACAUGUACAAGAAUCUCCCAGCAUUCCAUGAGACUUUCUCACCAAUCAGAGACCUUCUUUCAAAACAUCUGGUCUUGGAUGCCUGUCCACAAAAAGUGCAGGCUGCCAGGUCCCAGUUCCUACAGCUGAUGACAGACCACCACAGUCAGGCUACGUACCCUCCCCUGCAGUAUGAAAAACUCAAGCCCAAACCACUCAAGCUGUAUGAACCCAAGUUUGAUGAGGACUACAACCCUGAGCGGAAGAUGAAGGGCAGUCGUAAGCAGAAGGAGAAGGAGCGUCUGCAGAAGAUGCACAAGCGUGAGCUGAAGGGAGCCGUGCGGGAGAUCAGGAAGGAUGCCCAGUUCCUGGCCAGGCAGCAGCUCCAGGACCAGAUGGACAAGGAUGCGGAGAGGAAGAGGAAAGUGAAGGAGAUCAUGCACCAUCUCUCCAGCCAGGAGGGAGAGUGUAAACAAAUCGCCAAGAAGAAAAUCAAAAUUAUGUAGGAAAAACUUCUAGAUAUCAUUAAUAUCAUCUGAAUUAAUGCAAGUGCCUGUUUUGUAAACUGCACUAUGAAACUGAAAUGUAUCUCCAUCAUAACUACCUUUUUUGUAUGCUAGAGUACAGCAG